CAGAUCCGGAGGGGGCGGGACGCACGGCGAAGUGGCUGCUCUCAGCUUUGCAUCGCAAUGCACAGCUUUGGAUAACCAACACUGGCAAGCAUUUAAAGGCGUCGUCGCCUCCUCGAACCUUGUAGUUAACCCGGCGGGGGACCCACCCUGGGGACACAUCCUUUGCGAUGAGCCCCUUGAUGAUGGCUCUGUUCCUGAUCUGCCUGGGCUUGCUUCUCGCCGGCCCAGCGGCUCCUGCACGCCUCCUCUCGAACCGGGUCAGUAGCUUUUCCUGGGAAAACUGCGAUCAGGGGAAGGACCCUGUGGUGAUCAAAAGCCUGACUCUGGAACCUGACCCUAUUGUCGUUCCUGGGAACGUGACCGUUAGUGCUGAGGUCAAGACCAUUGUUGACCUUGAAAGUCCUCUGAAGGUACAAAUAACUGUGGAGAAGGAAGUGGCUGGCUUUUGGGUCAAAAUCCCAUGUGUGGAGCACGUUGGUAGCUGCACCUACGACGACUUCUGUUAUUUGCUUGAAAUGUUAAUUCCUAUUGAGAAUCCCUGCCCAGAACCCCUGCACACCUAUGGGCUUCCCUGUCACUGUCCCUUCAAAACAGGCACCUACUCACUGCCCACGUCUGAAUUCCCCUUGCCUGAAGUGACUCUGCCCAGCUGGCUCAGCACUGGGAACUACCGCUCAGAGACCAUCAUAAGCAGCAGGGGGAAUCGUCUGGGCUGUAUCAAAAUCUCCGCCUCCCUAAAGGGCAAAUAAGGUGGCACCCGCCACAGCAGAAGGAAGGGGGUGUGACGAAGGCAUCCUCUUCUUCUGUCUUACAUUGGCCAAGGCCAGAUUCCCCUCUCUGUCCUUUCUCAAGCCCCUUUCUACAAUGAUGACACGCCCGCGCUGAAAGUCAUUUUAUGCCACCUGCAAAACUUUUCGGUGUGGGCCUAACCUACGGGAGGAUGAGCCUGGUGGUUUCUGGUAGCCCAGGAUGUCUAUGGGGCUGGCGGCUGCAUUUUCCUCCUCGCACGCAUGGCUUUCUCUCUAAGAGCUCAACUCAUUUUCUAAACAGUCAAGGAAGGGUGCUAAUAUGUUUUGUGACCCCGUAGUUCACACUGACCCAAUCUUGGUCUCCUCAAGUACCUUUAUGAUUUUUCUCAUUGAUUUUUUUGUGUCACUGACCUAAAAGCAGAGUGAGAGCACUAACAGUUCUCAUUUUAUUCCCACCCCCUCUUACAAUGAAGGGUCUGAAGGAGUUGAUCUCAGUCUAUUCUCCAUUUACUUCUAUGAUUUAGUGUUCUUUUCUCGACUUGCCCAGUUGACAGUGGGGCACAGUGUAUCCUAGAGAGGCAGGGCGUGUGGUGGGAGAGAGACCUGAGAAUGCUCUGUGUGUUUAAGAGAGUCUGCAAACUCAGGUGUCUGCAGGGCAAAGUGCAAGGCAUCAGGGACUGAUGAGGACCACAAGGAACACGCUGUUUCUGGGCACAUCCUCCAUUUUUCCCUUGUGUAACACAAUUGAUCCGAGGCAGCUGCUGCCCAGUCUCCAGCUGGGGGUAUAAUCAGGGAUGUGGGGACUUGGGUGAGUUGAAAAGGGCACAUCUGGUCCGUAGGGACAGCUGCUGUCUAGCUAUAGCCAGUACGUACCACAGGAGAAUGUGGGCCCGGCAUUGCCAAAUAUCCUCAAUUUUUUUUUUCCCUCGAGAAGCCAGAAAUCCAGACUUUUAUAUGAAAUCGAUUUUUAAAUAUUGGCAAUGAAUUAGUUUUUUAAACACUGAUCAGGCUGAAGGGGCCAAACUGACUUGUCAGUGGGGACGUCUGGUGGCUCAUGAGUGGCCGGUUCGUGGCCUUGGAUAUAAGAACAUGCACGCCUUGUUCUUUUAACCUGAGACAACUCCUGCAGCACAGUUUCUCCCUCUAUGAGGCCAAAUCCACAGUGCCCAGCCCUAGAAGACUCCUCCAGUGCCGGGGGAGUAGAGGUGGCCUCAGAGCUGUGAGCUCGGGGGUCACGAGGCGGCCUGCCCUGGCCCUGGAGCGCCACCAGGGUGAGCGGGGCAGAGGCUGAAGCGGUGGACUCACCAGCAGCCACUGCGGUGGCAGGGAUCCAGCGAAGAGAGGGGGACUCAUGUCGGUGCCUGGGGUUGUUCACUGUCCUGUGCUCCCAUGACAGCUUAAUGACCCAUGACCAGCCCUGGCUUCUGGGCUCACAGGAAGCCUGGGAUGGCAAUAAAUCUUUUUAACUUGCUGAGAA